AUGGCGGCCACGGCGCUAGAACGCUUCUGGGGCUUGUUCAAACAUAAAACUGGCAAUGUUAUUGGGAUGAUUCAUCUCAGAGCCACUCCAGGCACUCCACGAAGCAGCCACAAGGUACAAGAAAUUAUUGAUAUUGCUUGCAGGGAAGCCUUGCUCUACAAGGAGGCUGGCCUGGAUGCAGUAAUGCUAGAGAACAUGCACGAUGUCCCAUAUCUUCAUACGUCACAAGUAGGUCCUGAGGUUACAUCUGUGAUGUCAGUUGUUGGCUAUGAGGUCAAGCGUAUCUUCUCGCCGGGUCCUGUAGGAGUACAGAUCUUGGCCGGGGCUAACAAAGAGGCUCUUGCAGUAGCCAAAGCUUCCGGUCUGCAGUUUAUCCGAGCUGAAGGCUUUGUGUUCUCCCAUGUGGCAGAUGAGGGCAUUAUGAAUGCUUGCGCUGGGGAACUUAUGCGAUACAGAAAGAAUAUUGAUGCCGACGAUGUCAUGGUUUUCACUGAUAUCAAGAAGAAACAUAGUGCACAUGCUAUCACUAGUGAUGUUGACAUUGUGAGCACUGCCCAGGCUGCAGAAUUCUUCCUGAGUGAUGGAGUUAUAGUCACUGGUGGGGCCACAGGUCAGGCAGCAAAUGUUGCUGAGGUUAAAGCUGUUUUAGGUGGCGUGAGCCUACCGGUGCUGGUGGGAUCUGGGGUCACUAGGGAUAACUACCACCUCUACCGCCAGGCUCAUGGGGUCAUUGUCGGCUCCUACUUCAAGCGCAAUGGAAACUGGCAGGAGGAGAUUGAUUCCUCCAGGGUUAAAGAUUUCAUGGAAAAUGUGACUUCAGUUCGACGUAUUCCAGUUGAGUCAACUAUGAUAAUGUGA